GUUUCUCCAUUUUGGAGUCGAAUUUUUACCGUCGAAUUCGCGGAAUUAAAUUCACGUAGAGACAGUUCGCGCUGAAUCACCGUGUAGAUCCGUUCGAUAUUACCGUGUGCCUUUGUUCGAAUCAAAAUAUAUCAAUAAUCUAAUCUUACGAUAAUAUAUUUGCAUGUCUCGAUAACAGGUGCGCACGAGUGUCUGACCGCACAAAUCCACACGCUGUGAAACAUCGGUGACGUCAUUGACAUCACAAGAAGGCAACAAUAUAUACCAGAUUCUCUCAAGUAGCCUCACUAUAGUAAAGUGACGUGACGCGCCCGUUCAACACACAACAAUGCCGUCAUCAUUUAAUCAGCCAGAUAUUCCCACGAUAAGUAAAAUGGCACCGCCGUCAUAUGCGGAAGCGAUGGCGCAAAUCGCGACGAAGAACAGCUCGUGUGCAGCCCCGUACGGCCAGCCGCUGUCGACGACGACGUCGAUGUACGACCAGAGCUGUUCGCAAAUGCCCGGCUAUCCGUCGUCCGCGCCCGCGAAUAAUUUUUAUUCAAAUAUCUCCAACCAGCCGGCCUACAACCCGUCGUAUGUUCCAAUGGAAUCGAGUCGCCGUACAACCACGCCCGCUAUCGUUCGUAUAGAACCGAUACGGUCGCCAGAGAAGUUGUGUUGCGACGGUUGUGCCACGUGGAACAAAAGAGUUGCCAUCAUUCUCGUGUUCACGAUUCUAAUUAUCUACUUAAUAAAAGUGAUAGUGUCAGUGUAUUUGUAACUGGUCAAUAGGUAUGUGUAAUGCUUGCGAUUGAACCUUGUGUUAACGUACAAGUGUUAUGUGCUGAGGUCGAAUUCGCCGAAUCAAUUUGUCGAAUUAGUCCUACAAUACGGUGAUGAUGCAGUAUUAAGCUGUCUCUGUUAGCAUAUCAUUUGCGGGAUCAACUAGAAGGUGUCUACCAGCAUCGAUUAAUUUGAGUUUAAACUCUAUUCAAAGAUGUAAACUCGAGUUAAGGCUUAAUCGAUAUCGGUGGGAAACUGGGCAUAGACUGCCCAGCCUUUCUUCCUCCUCCCCUCCCCCCCUCCAGUCUCUCGCCAGCCUCAUCGACAAUUGUAUUCAACAAUGAUAAUUGUUAUUGUGUGCCUAUUUUUUAUCGACAUAUCAUUAGAUCGACUUGUGAUUAAUGAUCAUGAUAACUCUCUCACUGUGCUUCUGAUCUCUGAUCUGUAAACUUAAUCUUAUCCCCUCACCAUCGAGAGACAAUCGCAUAGAUUCAUCGUCGCACAAAAUGCAGUAAUGACGAUCUUAAAAAUGUGAUGUAUACUAUAUGUGAAUGUUUUUUUUAUAUAUCGUUAUUCUUUGUGCCGUAUGGCCUGUACUAAUUUAAGUAUACAAUGCGAGAAGUGAUAGCGUGUUACGCAACUACUCGUGCUCGCGACACAAACGACAAAAAAAUAAAUCUCGAAUCUUUAUGCAUAA